AUGGCAACAAUAUUGACCCCACAACGUCCACAUGUUGAGCGAACUCAGAGUCAGUAUAACUUUAAUUUUCCCAAAAAAUUGUUUUUGAAUCCAUUUGACGAUGAUGAAGAUUUUGACGAGAAAAGUAGAACCGAAAAAAGUAAAUGUGAUUCAACUAGUGGAAAAGCAAAAGCAUGGUCUGUUCGUGCUCGUCGUGAUGUUCCAAAUUUACUACGUGGUGACAGAUAUAUCCCACGACGUAUUGAUCUCGAUUGUGAUUUCGCUUUGGAUAUGUUAAUAACAAAUACAAUUCAAAAUAGAAAACAACAAGUUAAACAAGAACAAGAGUUGCGAAAUUUCUUAACUACACCACUUGAAAAUAGACAUAUAAAUCACGCUAAUAACAACAGUGACAAUGAUAAUCAUAAUAAUAAUCAAAACCUGUCACAGAGAACAUUGAUUCAUCCAAAUUCGGCUAAAAAAGCGCUGGAGUUGUUGGAUCAUUUUAUGCCACAGAAUAAACGAAUAUUAAAUUUUGGUGUUAAAACCUUGAAACCAAAAGUAAUCGCUCCAUGUGACUUGGCUCGUCAACUUCAAACAUUAACAUUUACAACAAAAGAACGGUAUAUAAGUUCGACGCCAGAACGGAUAUUAGAUGCUCCAGAUUUGAUCGAUGAUUUUUAUUUAAAUUUAAUUGAUUGGGGUAACGCAUCAAAUAUGAUUGCUGUUGCAUUAAUGAAUUGUGUUUUUUUAUGGGAUGAUAGUAAUGGUAGUGUUACAAAAUUACUUGAACUAGACGCCGAUGAGAAUACAGACGACGCGAAUGUUCAUUAUGCAUCAAGUGUUGCUUGGCAUCAAAGAUUACCAUUAUUAGCUGUUGGAACAUCACAUCAAGAAGUGAUGAUAUAUGAUGUACAACAAAAAACGUGUAAAAGAAAAUUAUUACUACAAAAUUUACUUGAAGAUGACGAUCGUAUACCAUCAUUGGCUUGGAAUCAAAAUGUUAUUGCUUGUGGAACAAGAAACAAUGGUGAAAUAAUAAUUUUUGAUAUAAGACAAAAAGUUCAUGUAACUAAAUUUCGUCGUCAUUAUCAAGAAGUAUGCGGUUUGAAAUGGUGUCCAAAUGGACGAUAUUUGACUAGUGGAAGCAAUGAUAAUGCUGUAUGUGUGUGGGAUUUUAAUCAAUGGCAUUCGAACGGUGCUGUAAAUAGUAGUGCCAUAUCUUCAUUAGUACCCUUAAAUAAUGAUGACAAUAAUAAUAAUUUCAUACAAAAUUCAGAAAGAACCAAACCGUUAUGGCAUUUCAAACAACAUAAUGCUGCUGUAAAAGCAUUAGCAUGGUGUCCAUGGCAACCGACAGUACUUUGCACAGGUGGUGGCCAUUCCGACGGUUAUCUUCGUUUCUGGAAUAUUAAUAAUGGUGUAUGUCUACAUGCUGUAAAAACAGAAUCACAGGUUUCGUCUAUUUUGUGGUCAAGCGAUUAUAAAGAAUUGAUUACUGGACAAGGACAUCCGAAUAAUUUUUUAGAUAUUUGGCAUUAUCCAUCAAUGGAAAAAUGUCAUACAUUGAAAGGACAUACAUCUCGUAUACUGUCGACAAUUAUGGGUCCAAAAGGCAAUCCAGUUGUUAGUCUAUCAGCUGAUGAAACAAUAAGAUUCUGGAAUUGUUUUCCAAUUGAUUUAAAACGAAAAAAACAAUUGGAUAUUACUCGCACACAUUCUUAUCCAACAAUGUUAAAUUUUAAUAAUAGAUAA